AUGGCGGACGGCGUGCAGUGGCGGCUGGAGGAGGGCCUGAACGAGCUAGACGCGCUGGUGUCGCGGCAGCUGUUAGAGGAGGACGAGGCGCGCGAAGUUCUCCGGCGGCGCCGCGACUUUGAGUUUGCAUGCAGCGGUCGCGGCGACCCGUCUGACGCGGUUCAGCAGUUUCUGCUCUACAUACAGUACGAGGCGAACUUGCUUUCUCUCCUGCGGCACCGAUGCAGCACGUCUCUGCACACGGUUUUGAAGGAUCUCGAGGACGUGCGUCGAGCGAUUUUGCGUCUCACCCGGGACGAAGCUCGCGAGCAGCGUGGGGGAGCGGAUAGGAAGCGUCAGAUGGCCGCUUCUGGCGCAGACGCGUCCUCGCUGUCCGUGCUGCUGAAGCGCCGCAAGCGCGAGGAGUCGAACAAGGCGCGUCGCGCAGAGAACGUGAAAAACACGCUGCACGCGGUAAUGCGCAGUGGGACGAAUCGGCUCUACUCGCUCAUCACGCGCCUGCUCCAUUGCCAGUCUUCCUCGCUGCCGCUGUGGCUCUCCUGCGCCGAUUUGCUGCUGCAGCUUGGCGCGAGUCGGCUGCUGCAGACGUUCCUGCUGCAGGCGAUUCGGCGGUUUCCGCGGUGUUCGCCGCUGUGGAUUCUGUCUGCGGAUCGCCUACUGCAGCAGGGGAACCUCCACGGCGCGCGCCUGCUGCUGCUGCAAGGCCUGCGCGUGGAGAAGGCGAGCUUGCCCCUGUGGUCAGGCCUCCUCCGCCUUGAGGGCGUCGCCCUCGGCAAAGCCGCGCAAGGCAUCCUCCGCGCACGCGAGAAGCGCAGGGAGCGCGAGAAAAACAGUCGCGCCGGAGAGAGCGCCGCAGAGGCCGAGGACGGCGCGGGAGCCGACUGCGUCGCCGUCCGGAAAAGACGCGAAGAAGAUUCGAUUGUCCUGGUCGAGGAGACAGAGAAACUCGAGAAGCUGAAGGCGCGCGGCCAGGCGCUCAUCGUCGUCCUCAGAGGCGGACUCAAGAAGCUCGGCGGCGGCCUCGAGGCAGAGAGCGCGACGGCAAGCGAGCAGAAGAGGAGGAAGAUCGCGCACGCCACGAGCGCAAGCAGCCAGGCGCGGAGACCUGGCAAGGAAGACGAGAUCUCCCGCAAGUCAAACAUGUGCCUCUUUCUCCUCCGCGCCCUCGGACUCUGCCUGCACCUCCAGGCCUCGAAGGCCGCCGAUGUGUUGACUGACGCAGUCUCAGCGUUUCAGAGCGAGCUCGCCGACCUCCUCCACGCCGCCGCAGAGGACCACUGCCUGCUGCGGCUCUACGAAUUCAAAGUUUGCCUUCUCCGCGCGGCCUCUGAGGGCGCGGAGGGCACGCGGCGGGUGCAAAACGUGCUCCAGGAUAUCUUCGCCGAGUGCUGCGUCGAGCCCCGCUUGCUCCUGCUGGUCGCCUUCCAUCUGCGCGCCCUGCGGCUGGCUGGUGCCUCGAGUGUCGUCCUCGCGGCCCCGCGAGGCGACAACGGCGUCUUCGCGGACGAGGCUGCCAGCCGCGAGUGUCUGGCUGACGACAUCGAGAUCUGCUUCGAUUUAGAGGGCGCUGACGAGCCCGCAGAGACGCCUCUUCCUGGCACCGAGGAGCCGUUGGGCGAGGCCGCGGAGACCGCGACCGCGGGGAAGGGCGACGACGCGCGCGAGGCUGCAGCCGUCGCUGAAGAGGGACCUCCACCCAUGGCGUUGGAGACGGCGAGUUCGGCCGCGGCGCUCGCCGCGGAAGCGCCCCUGAAGCUGCAGAAGGGCGACGAUCUCGAGAAGUGUCUCUUCUCCGACGCAACUCGGGAGGCGUCAAACGACAUACAGAGGUCCCUCGCCGCUGCGCGGGCCGGCGCAGCGAGGGCAGGCGAGCCGGAGGCAGCUCCUCGGGGGUGCUUGUUCAAUCGAGAAGCCAAGGAAAUGCUCGACCUUCUCGCAGACUGCGGCCAGCCAGAUAUCCGGCACAUUCUGAAGGAGGAGCCGCGGCUCGCUGCCGCGCUGCUUCUGCAUCACCCCACCGGGGGGGAUGAAGAGAGCGAGACAGCCCAGCAGGCAGGCGGCGCGGAGAAGACGACGCAGAGCAUGACGGCCUUGCUCACGGCCGACCACUUCGCAGAGACGCAAAAAGUUGUUCUCUGGAACGCCCUGUGGCGUGAAACAAACGCGGGCCACCGCCUGUGGCUCCUGAGGUGCAUAUACACCGCAGCUCAACAGCUAGUGGGUGCGCAGACCGGGGCGGCCGGCGACGAGGAGGCGCAGCUCCACUCCGCAGCUGUGUCGGCGACCGGCGAAAUUCUUCAGGCGCUGCUGAGGGAAGAGAAAAACAGCGCCAGCGCUUCGGACAGUCUCGUCCAGCUGGACGAGUUGGAACAGGAAGUCAACGCGCUUCUGCGCAGCGCCUUCAAAAAAUGGCCCUGCGUCCCUCUCCUCCUCCUGUCUCACCAUCGAAUGCAACCGUGCGCUGCGGAAGACAGGGACGGCAUGAGUCUGAGCGGCGCUUCUUCCGCGCUGACGCACGCCUCCGCGGCCAGCAGUCGAUUCAUUCCAGCAGCCCGGAGUCUCCUUCGGCGGCUCACGGCGGGGCCCGCGAAGGGACACCUUCGCGCACCAGAGGGCCGCAGGCUGCUGUGGGCGCUCCUCGGCGAGGAGGGGGUUUGCGCCGGCGAGGAGGCGGCCGAGAGGAGCCGCGGAGACGAGAAGCGCCGGUCUGCUUUGCCAGAGUGGAUGGUGGAGUUGCUGCUCGCCGCGCGGCCAGAGACCACGUCGGCUCUGGCGCACGAUUUUCUGCGGUUUCUUGAACAAAAAGAGGAGGACACCGAAGAGCCGCAGACCAAGGCGACGACGCCUCGUGCUCGGUCGGGGGGGAAAGACUCGUCGAAGCAAGCUCCAUGUCGUGGAAGGGCGGCGCGCGCAGCGUCGUCUGGGCCUCCGCUGUUGGCGCUCAGCGAGGCGCAGGCCGUCUUCGAGUGUGCGCUGCGGAUCUUUGAGCGCUGUGGGGUGGUGGGCGGCUGCAGAGAGUCCGCGGACGCCUUCGAGCCGAAGAGGAAACUCGUGCCUGAGGCGCGCCGCGGCGAGCGGCUGGAGCAGCAGGGCAAACCCCUCGUGCGACAGGUCCUCCAGGUGGUGCCGCAUGUCCUUGAACUCCAUCGCCUCUGGUGGAUUAACUUUUGGCGCUUCGCGAGGUUUCAGGAGGCCUUCAGGGCCUCGCGCAGCUCGCUGCCUAUCCUCGUCCUCGCGGGCGCUCGGGAGUCGAAGAGCAAGAAGAAAACUGCAGACGGCGUGGCUCGCGGCGGCGCCGCGUGCCUCGCAGGCCGCGCCCUGGCUACGUCGCCCCUGCUCAACCUUCAGACUGAAGGAACGGGAAAAGCGCAGCGGGACUCUGCGACCGCAUCCGCGCUUGCGGCUGGCGCCAGCCAGCUGAGAAGCGAAGACGUGGAGCGGCGUGCCCGCCUCGCCUUGGGGGCGCGCGAGAGCUCAUGGCUCGCAGAAGACAGCUGUGUGCCUGGGCCGGAGGGGCGAGGCUGCCGUACGUGCGAGCCAGGGCGUCUCUGGUGUAUGUACACAGCAGAUGCAGGGGGGAAAGAGUCCGACUGA